AUGAAGUGUUUUUCUAGUAUAAAAUAUCUAAUAACAGGUUCCAAGUUUAAAUUAUAUUCAAUACGUGCCAAUAAUAUUUAUCAAAAACCACAUGCUUUAUUUAACAUUUGUUCACGUUUAUUUUCAAACGAGACAAAUCCAAGUAUAACAAAUGAUGAUGAACAAAUUCCCUCAAAACCUGUUAAAAAGAAGAAAAAGACACCAGAAAAAUCUAAAACAAAUGUACUAAUACAUUUAGAAAACGACGCUAACUUUCAAGAAAUAAAAGAUCAGAUUCCUGAAAAAUUAUUCAAAUACAGACGAGUAGCUCCUGAAGGUCUUUAUUUAAUUAAUAAAGAUACGGCUUAUGAUAUUUUGUUUGCAAUAUUGCCGUACUUACAAACUUCAUCUGCCGGAGAAAGUAGUUUAAUUGAAGUCAAUCCAGGAUUAGGAUUGCUCACAGAUUUGCUUCUGAAUAACUGGUCACGAGAAAUUACUUUAUAUGAACCUAAUACACAAUUUGUUAAAGCUUUAAAUGCCUUAAACGAAGUUCACAGAAACAGAAUUAAUCUUUAUUAUACAAGUUUUUAUGAUGUUUGGAAAUUGUCUUAUCAAGAUAAACAUACAAGUAGUAAAAAAGUAGCAGUGCUAUUAGGGGAUUUACCCCAAAUUCCUUGGGGAAAAGAUUUUUGUUCAACAAUUAUUGGUAUCGCCCCUUCUAAUAGUUUUUUAAAUCAUCUUAUAACAUCCUUAGUUUUUCAACACAGUCUAAUGAUGUGGGGACGACAUCAAUUUUUUCUUGUUAUAACACCAAGACAAUAUAUUCAUUAUACUUGUAACGGAAACACCGGUUAUAUGUUUUACAGAGCUUCAAGCAUCAUGUUUCAAAUAUUAUUUAAAUUUAAAUUUUUAUGCAAAGUACCAAGAAAGUCAUUUUUGCCAUGGGUUCAGAGCGAAAAGAAAAUAAAUACAAAAACUUCAAAGUUACGUUGUUUGGAUUCAGACCAUUUGUAUUUAGUUAGAUUGGAACCAAGAGAAAAUCUUUACGAGUUCUGUAAACCUCAAGAUUUGAAACAACUUUGGUACUUUGUUAGAUGCAACUUGCUCAGUAGAAAAAACAAAGUUAUAUCAUGCCUGGAGCGCUGGGUGCCGAAUUGUGGUCCAAAAUUAAUCAUAGCACCAGAUAACAAAUUCAAAAUAGAGCCCGCAAAAACAAUGAAUGUGGAUGGCUUUGAUAUAGUUACAGAAAGUUCCGAAAUUCGAACAAAUGAUUUUGCUCAAAAUAUUUCAAUUUUUACUGAAUUUGGAGAUUUGACUCCAAGCCAACUUUUGAGCUUGUUUGUUGAAUUUAAAUCCUGGCCAGAAUUUUCAGAAACUACAUUUAUAACUUCCAUGGAGAAUAUGCUUUUGAAGCUUGAGAACCCGGAUGAGGUUUUAGAUGUUGAUGAUGAGACAUAUACAGAAGAGAUUGAAGAAAAAGAUAAUAAGAUAGAUGAUUAAAAUAUAUAAAUGUUGAUAAUGAAUUGUAUUUUUUUGAGA